UGUGAUGGAGCCGGGAAGAGGGAGGGGGGAGGAACUGCACCUGCAUUACUCUCCCCUCCAAUGGGUGAUUUCCCCCCUCCCCACCAAAGAAGCCUUGCAUCUUCCCCUCUCCAUCAUCACCUCUGCAUAUCCAAGAAAGAACCAUCUCCAGCAGCAGCACCAGCAGCGGCAGCAAAGGGAGUGCGGGAAAGAAGGCAACCGAGCUGCUGACGGAUGAAUUUAUAGAUACUGCAGCCUCCCAUUGUGUGAAGUGGGCUGCUCCGUGGGGUAUGGCAGAAGCAGAAGAGGCUCUUUAAGGUGGCCCAGCUGAGUCUAACCUGUGGCAGCCCCUCCUGGAAAUGUGGCAACCCCAUCUAGCAAGGAAGGCUGACUAUAGCCCUGAUCGACCAGCCCAGAAGGAGGAGGAGGAUCAGGCAAGAGAGACCCACACGAUUGGUCCCGCCCACAUGGUUCAAUACACAGAUGCUUACUGCAGCAGUGUGGGAUCGCCACGAAGAAGCAGUUCCCACACCGCUGAGACCCGAAGCUCCCGGCACUCACAAGGUUCUCAGCCUGGUCUGGCUGAUCAAGCCAAACUCUCCUUUGCUUCGGCUGAGUCUCUGGAAACCAUGUCUGAAGCUGAGCUGCCCAUUGGGUUUAACAGGAUGAACAGGUUCCGGCAAAGCUUGCCUUUGUCUCGUUCCACCAGCCAAACAAAGCUCCGGUCACCAGGUGUCCUUUUCCUGCAAUUCGGGGAUGAGACGAGGCGGGUUCACAUCACCCAUGAAAUCAGCAGCAUGGACACCCUCCACGCCCUCAUUGUCCACAUGUUUCCUCAGAAACUGACGAUGGGCAUGCUGAAGUCCCCCAACACUGCCAUCCUGAUCAAAGAUGAAUCCCGCAAUGUCUUCUAUGAGCUGGAGGAUGUCAGGGAUAUCCAAGACAGAAGCAUUAUCAAAAUCUACCGGAAAGAGCCCCUCUAUGCCUCCUUCCCCGGAUCCCACAUCACUAAUGGUGACCUGAGGAGAGAGAUGGUCUACACUUCCAGGGAGUCCUCUCCCACCCGGCGCCUAAACAGCAUGUCCCCUGCUUCUCACCUCACCUCUGGAUCCCCCCCACCAGUACUCCAGUCGUCCUCUCCAUCUCGCUCCCGCAUGUCUUACAGUGGUGGGCGCCCACCUUCCUACGCUGGCAGCCCUGUGCAUCAUGGCGAACGCCUCUCCAACCUGCCUCCAGCCCAAGGUGUCUCACCAAGCCCAAGUGCUAUCCUGGAACGCCGGGAUGUCAAGCCAGAUGAAGACCUGGCCGGAAAGAACAUGGUGCUCAUGAAGAACGAGGGUCUGUAUGCUGACCCGUAUGGCAUGGUGCAUGAGGGACGCUUGAGCAUCACAUCCACUCAGUCGCUGGCUGGGAUGGGGGACCCAUUUGCCUACCCGGGGGGGCUCUACAAGCGGGGCUCUGUCCGUUCUCUUAGUACCUAUUCAGCUGCUGCCCUGCAGUCUGAACUAGAAGACAGCUUGUAUAAGCCCAAUGCACAGAUUUAUAGCGAUACCUAUGGUCCAGGGAUGGGCUUUCGCUUGCCCCCAUCGUCCCCUCAGAAAAUUGCAGAUGGCCGGCUGGUGGAUGUUCAGCAGAGCCAAAGCCCCCACAGCCCUUACUCAGGGCCUCCAAGCCGGUCCUCACCAGUACGCCAGUCCUUCCGCAAAGACUCUUGCUCCUCGGUCUUCAUGGAAAGCCCUGUUAACAAGCCACGGAAUCCCAGUUCUUCAGGGCCUCCAGAGCUCUUCCCGGGACCUGGGGAACGCCCGCUUUCUGGGUUCAGCUCACCUGUGCCUGCCAAGGAUACGGAAACAAGGGACCGCAUGGAGGCCAUGGAGAAACAGAUUGCCAGCCUCACAGGAUUGGUGCAGAGUGCACUGAUGCGAAGCUCUGACACAGAAAAUCCUAGCGAGAGGACAGAAGGAACCAAUGGGGGGACGCCUCCAUCAGCACUCCCCAGCAGAAGCAGUGUUGGCACCCCUGUACCUGGUCCUCCACCCCCAUCCUCUUCUGGUACACCAGCUGGGCAGCCCACUGCCAUCACCCGUCUGCACAUGCAGCUACACCUUCAUGACCUGCAGCAGAAUGCCAGUGACCUCCGCAACCAGUUGCAGCAACUGAAGAAACUGCAGCUUCAAAACCAAGAGACAGUGAAGACAAUGUUGCGACGGACAGAGACCGAGAUCAGUGUUAGAGUGACAGACACCAUGCGUAAACAGGAGGAUCCCUUGCAGCGUCAGCGCACCCUGGUGGAGGAGGAGCGCCUUCGCUACCUCAAUGAGGAAGAGCUCAUAACCCAACAGCUAAACGACAUGGAGAAAUCAGUGGAGAGGAUCCAGAAAGAUUUGAUGCACAAUCACCGACUUAUCUCCACACAAGAGCUGGAGGAGAAAUCCCUGGUGCUUAAACAGCUGGGAGAUAACUUGACCGAGCUAAAGGCUAAUUUUCCCAGCCUGCAGAGCAAAAUGCGUGUGGUCCUACGUGUGGAGGUGGAGGCUGUGAAGUUCCUCAAGGAAGAGCCGCACCGGCUGGACGGCCUAUUCAAGCGGUGCAAGGCCGUGACUGACACCCUUACGCAAGUCCGCAAGCAAGUAGAGGAAGGUGUCUGGGACUCAUCCAGUAACCUUCUCAGCCAGUCUCCAAAGAAAGUGGAGCCAGAAAGCGACUUCAGCAAGGGCUUGGAUUUUGAGGUACCCACCAGCCCCCCAAUGAAUCUUCAUGAUCUAACUGCUUCCACGGAUAGCCUGGGCACUACCAGCUAUGGGCAAAGUCAAGGGCAAAGCCACAUAUCCAAGAGUAGCAACCCAUCCCGAGGUUCAGAGAUGGUUGCUGCCAGGACCCAAAUGGGCUCUGAGACUCCCAGCAAGAGGAGUGUGGACAGAUCAGUGUCUGUGGAGGCUGCUGAGCGAGACUGGGAGGAGAAGCGAGCAGCCUUGACCCAAUACAGCGCAAAGGAUAUUAACCGCCUCUUGGAAGAGACCCAAGCUGAGCUGAUGAAAGCCAUCCCUGACUUGGAGUUUGCCGCCAAGCACAAGCAGACCUCCAGCAGUGGGGGCAGUGGGAGUGCUGCCUCCACCCCAGAGCACAAGCCUGCAAAACCCCAGCAUGCACAGAAGACCACAGCCAAAAUGGACCCCAACGGUCGCAGGGGAUCAGAUGAAUUGACGGUGCCCAGAUAUCGGACUGAGAAGCCCUCCAAGUCUCCUCCACCCCCACCACCUCGACGGAGUUUCCCAUCUUCCCAUGGUCUCACCACCACCCGCACAGGAGAGGUGAUUGUCACCAGCAAAAAAGAAUCCAGUUUCAUGAAGAAAGCUGAAUCAGAAGAGCUGGAGACCCAGAAGCCGCAGGUGAAACUAAGGAGGACUGUGUCAGAAGUCGCCAGGCCCGCCUCAACUCCCCCCAUCAUUGCCUCUGCCAUCAAAGAUGAUGAUGACGAAGACAGGAUCAUUGCGGAACUUGAGGUAUUUCAGAGAAGCUCUUCAUUUAUUCCUAAGUUCCGUUGUGACCCACUCACGCCUGCCACAGACAUGUGGCCCAAUGGGGCCACCAUAGCAGCCGAAGGAUGGAAGGCUGCUAUUACUGCUGGCCAUCAUGUAGCUGGAGCAAGCUUCAGUCUCCCACGAGCCCAUGCGUCAGGAGCCCAGGAGUCAGGACUCUCAAAACCUCCAUCUGAUUACAAUUCCAACCUUCCUCAUAUUGCCCUUUCUGAGUGGGUGUCCAGCCUACCAUUUCCUGAAUCUCAGCCAGAAGCUGAUAUGGACGUAUGCAGUCCUUGGACCCGUAAUCACCAAUGCACCGGAGGACACUUGGGAGUCUUUGGACGGACUAUAGUGGAAAUAAAAGAGAGUCCAAUGGUCUUGAUGGGAAAGCUGAGCAAGGAUGAAAGGAAGCUGAAACCUUUAGUUUGUGAACCAUCUGAUCUGUCCAAUAAGACCUCAACAUGCAUCCAUUCUCUGCCAGCAAAAUUGAGGUCUUGGGGAUGUCUGCCUGGAACUGGGCUUACUUGUGACACUGGUCAUGUGGGAGAAGGAGGAGCAGUGGCAUUUGAAACAACAAAAAAAUCACAGGAUGAUAAAGUUCAGCUGGAAGGAGAAAAUAUUAUGAAUAUUGGGGACAAGCAAGCAAAUAGUUUACAAACAUCUGCCCAAGAGGCUGGGAUCCAUACACCAGACAACCAAGUAUCUGUCAUCUUAGCAGAGGUCACAUAUGGAUAUAAGAUAUUUUCUUCACUCGUGAGAGGAAGUGAUAUACUCUUGGGAUUGGAUAAGAGAAAUAGCAGUGCAGAAUCAAAAAACAAGGAAGCUGAUCAGAACACAGAUGAGGUACCAAUAGCUGUGAAAGAUCCUGAUGUUGCUUGCACACAGAUGCAGAGAAAUAAUCUGACAGAUGUUUCCAAAACAUGUUUCCCUUUGCAGAAUCCAAAAUCCCCUGGAAACAAAGAAGCUAUUGAGUAUGAUACAGUAUCUCCAGAGCAAUCCCUAGAUCCUGUUGGUGCCAGCACAAGCGAGGAUGAGAUAAACAUAGAGAGGGAACUGACUAUGAUUCUAGAAGAGAAACAAAACAAAUGUGCUUCUCUUGAUGGGAUGACCACAAGAAGCCGAGAGAUUUGCAAAGACACUUACCAAAGGCUGGACAACCUGGAAGAGACCAUCAGAGAUCUGGAAAUGACUAUUAGUGAAAUUAGCAGCCAGACAUCUACUGAGCUUAUAUUUCCUCAAAAUCUUCUUAGACAGUUGGGACACAAAAAUGCCAAAAGUGGAGAAAGAAAGAUGGGCAUGAAUGUGCCCAGAAGCAACCAUGCUGGUUUCAUGGUUGUGGAGUCAGAUUGCUACAAUUUAAAACGGUAUAAAGUGAACAGCCGACCCAACUCUUCUCCAACUAGUUCUAAACCUGCUUUGCUGCCGAAACCUCAGUUCCUGUUGAACGACAACCCACAGGUUCACUUUUUAUAUAUAUUCUUCUUGUUCUGCUGUACCUCUAGAUUCCUCCUUGAAAGUCUUCUCUCCUGUCUGUCCUUUCAAGAUUUCAUCUGCUCUUAAGAAAGAAGGUGUGAAAUGUCUUAGAGGCUGGA